GUUUCUGUUCAGUUUAUUCUUGGAGCAGGAAGGGCCCCGGGCCGGGGGGGUGGGGGUGAGGGUGAGGGAAAAUGCUUGAAGAGCAAGAGACGGCCACCAUGUAGAGACUGGACUUUGAGGAGGGGAGCGCAGCGCUUGGUCUGCAGAGACCUUGAUUGUUGGAAGUGGCUGGGGAUUGAAUUCGAGUUUGUGUCAGUAAGUUCGUGUUGCAGCUGAAUCGGGGAGACUGAGGGAGAUGUGAGGAUCGGGACUGUGGCUGCGGCAAAGAUGCAGAAAGGAAUCCGGCUGAAUGAUGGGCACCUUUCCUCCCUGGGGGUUCUGGCCAAGAAAGAUGGCACCAGGAAGGGCUACCUGAGCAAGAGAAGCUCGGACAACACCAAAUGGCACAACAAGUGGUUCGCCCUGCUCCACAAUAUGCUGUUUUAUUUCGAGAAUGAUUGCGCCAGCAAAGCGUCUGGUCUGUACUUACUGGAGGGGUGCGUAUGCGAGCGGGCACCAUCCCCCAAACCAUCGCUUACAGCCAAGGAAUCCCUGGAAAAGCAGUAUUACUUCACAAUAAACUUUGGCCAUGAUGCUCAGAAAGCCCUGGACCUGAGGACAGAGGAUGUGAAAGAAUGUGAUGACUGGGUUGCAGCAAUUGGUCAUGCAAGUUACAGGAACCUGGCGACAGAACAUGAGUCCCUGAUGCAGAAAUAUCUGCACCUACUGCAGAUUGUAGAGACAGAAAAAACAGUUGCUAAACGACUUCGACACCAAAUUGAAGACCAGGAAAUUGAAGUGGAGCGGCUCAAAUCUGAGAUUGCUUCACUGCUGAAAAAUAACGAACGUAUCCAAUUAACACAGCCUGCAGCACAAAACGAUGAAGACGUUGACAUAAGGAAAAUCAAAAAGGUGCAGAGCUUCUUGCGAGGAUGGUUGUGCCGAAGGAAAUGGAAGACGAUAAUCCAGGAUUAUAUCCGCUCCCCUCAUGCCGAGAGCAUGAGGAAGAGGAACCAGGUGGUGUUCAGCAUGCUGGAGGCUGAAGCAGAGUACGUGCAGCAGCUCCACAUCCUCGUCAAUUGCUUCCUACGGCCCCUGCGUAUGGCAGCCAGCUCCAAGAAACCUCCCAUUGGCCACGAUGAUGUCAGCAGCAUCUUCCUCAACAGUGAAACAAUCAUGUUUUUGCACCAGAUAUUUUACCAGGGACUGAAAGCUCGUGUUUCCAGCUGGCCCACGUUAGUAUUAGCUGACCUGUUCGACAUUCUCCUCCCAAUGUUGAACAUCUACCAGGAGUUUGUGAGGAAUCACCAGUACAGCCUGCAGAUCCUGGCCAGCUGCAAGCAGAACAGAGACUUUGAUAAACUCCUGAAGCAAUACGAAGCGAAGCCGGACUGUGAAGAGAGAACGCUGGAGACCUUCCUGACCUACCCAAUGUUUCAGAUCCCCAGGUACAUCCUGACGCUGCACGAACUGCUGGCCCACACGCCUCAUGAACAUGUGGAGAGGAAGAGCUUGGAGUACGCCAAGUCCAAACUGGAGGAACUUUCACGAAUAAUGCACGAUGAAGUCAGUGAGACAGAAAAUAUUCGGAAGAACCUUGCCAUUGAACGGAUGAUAGUGGAGGGAUGUGAGAUCCUCCUGGACACCAGCCAGACCUUUGUACGACAAGGGUCACUUAUCCAAAUACCAAUGACUGAAAAAGGGAAAAUUACCCGAGGCCGAUUGGGAUCGCUAUCCCUGAGAAAGGAAGGAGAAAAGCAAUGUUUUCUGUUCUCCAAACACUUGAUAAUAUGCACCAGAGGAUCAGGUGGAAAACUCCAUUUAACAAAAAAUGGAGUACUUUCACUUAUCGACUGCACCUUGAUGGAAGACACAGAAACCACAGAAGAUGAAGCUCGGGGAUUGGGACAGGACCUGGAACACCUCGACUUCAAAAUUGUCGUGGAACCAAAAGACACCCCAUCCUUCACCGUGAUCCUGGUGGCUUCAUCACGUCAGGAAAAAGCAGCUUGGACAAGUGACAUCAGCCAGUGCAUAGACAACAUUCGAUGCAAUGGUCUGAUGAUGAAUGCAUUUGAAGAAAACUCAAAAGUCACAGUUCCUCAAAUGAUUAAGUCUGACACAAGCCUAUACUGUGAUGAUGUUGAUAUACGAUUCAGCAAAACCCUCAAUUCCUGUAAAGUGCUUCAGAUUCGUUAUGCAAGUGUGGAACGCUUGUUGGAACGCCUGACUGAUCUCCGCUUCUUGAGUAUAGACUUCCUCAACACGUUCUUGCAUUCAUAUCGAGUUUUCACUACAGCUGGUGUGGUGCUGGACAAGCUCAUCACCAUCUACAAGAAGCCGAUAAGUGCAAUACCUGCAAGGUCACUUGAACUAUUUCUUGCAAGCAGUCAGAAUAAUAAACUUCUGUACAGGGAACCCCCGAAAUCCCCUCGGGCCAGUCGGAAAUUUUCCUCCCCACCACCUCUCUCUAUCUCCAAGUCAUCGUCGCCCAUUCGAAGGAGGAAGCUUUCCCUGAACAUUCCCAUUAUUACUGGGGGGAAAGCACUGGAUCUUGCCACGAUGACCUGCUCAGCCAAUGGCUAUGCAAGUAUGUACUCUUCCUCAUCGUCCUUCAGCAAGACCGCCCUAGAUAUCAAUAAACUGUAUGUGUCGAGUACUUAUUCAAACAAACUCCCUGAUGAGCCAGAAACCAAAUUGGAUAAGCAUGAAGAUAUUGGUCUUGGCAAAGGAGGUGCUGGCAAAACAGUUAAGGAGGAUUCUGAGAGUGAGCAGGCUCUUAGUGAUGAGGCUGAGACUGAGACUUCACCCCCAAAAUCUCCUCCAACGCCAAAAAAACUGAAAGGGAAGAAUCCCUCAGAAUUCUCCCUGUUUUCCUACAAUAAUGGAGUGGUGGUCACAUCCAGCCGGGAAAUGGACAAUAACCGCAGUGCACUUUCAGCGACCUCAGCUUUUGCCAUCGCCACAGCGGGAGCCAAUGAGGGCACUCCCACCAAGGAGAAGUUCCGGCGGAUGUCCCUGGCCAGUGCAGGCUUUCCUGCUGAUCAGAGAAUUUGUGACAAAGAGUUUGUCAUUCGAAGAGCAGCAACUAAUCGCGUACUCAAUGUACUGAGGCACUGGGUCUCAAAGCAUUCCCAGGAUUUUGAAGCAAAUGCUGAAUUGAAGAGUCAAGUGAUUAGUUUUCUAGAGGAAGUCAUUCAUGAUCCUGAGCUGCUAACACAGGAGAGGAAAGCAGCAGCAAACAUCAUCAGGACUUUGAACCAAGAAGACUCAGUUGACCAUCAAACAAUUUUGGAUGAGAUAAUGAAUGUGGUGGAGGAAGAGACAUUUGAAAACCUCUCUGCUUUGGAGAUAGCUGAGGAGUUGACUUUGUUGGAUCAUCUCAUCUUCGGGUGUAUUCCAUAUGAGGAGUUCUUCGGCCAGGGUUGGAUGAAACCUGAGAAGAAUGAGAGAGCCCCAUACAUUAUGAAAACCACCAAACACUUCAACGAUAUCAGCAACUUAAUUGCUUCGGAGAUUUUGAAGAGUGAUGACGUUAAUGUGAGAACAGCAGCCAUCGAGAAAUGGGUGGCAGUGGCAGACAUUUGCAAGUGUCUCCACAACUACAACGCUGUGCUGGUGAUAACCUCCGCCCUGAACCGAAGUGCUAUCUUCCGGCUGAAGAAGACAUGGCUGAAAGUAUCAAAACAGACCAAGGCAUUAAUUGACAAGUUGCAAAAACUGGUGUCUUCAGAAGGACGGUUCAAAAACCUACGAGAGGCUUUGAAAAAUUGUGACCCUCCAUGUGUUCCUUAUUUGGGGAUGUACCUAACAGACUUGGCUUUCAUCGAGGAGGGAACACCAAAUUAUACUGAAGAUGGUUUAGUCAACUUCUCCAAGAUGAGAAUGAUAUCUCACAUCAUCCGAGAAAUCCGUCAGUUCCAGCAGACUGCCUACAAGAUAGAGCAGCAAACUAAGGUGGCACGCUAUUUACUGGUCCAGUCAAAUGUCAUGGAUGAAGAAACUCUUUAUGAAGCAUCCCUGAGGAUAGAACCAAAGCUUCUAACCUGAAUCCCACCAUCCCUUGCAUCAGAAACCUUGCAUAAAUGAUGAUAUCACUGCUCUCCUCCAACAUGCUGUGCAUGGUGCCAUCGCUGAAGAGUAGACACGACCAAAAACUAACUCAAGGAGUGCAUCAACCAUCUGUCUGCUCCACUGGGGAAUUUGACACUAACUGGCUGCUGUACUUUUACUGCAGAGCAAACCUUUUCCAAAAACAAAACACAGUGCAGCAGUAGUAGGUUUUUUGUGGUACCAAUUGAGUCAUUUUAACAAUCUUUAGAAAAUCCAAGAAAAAAAUCUUGAAAAAUGUUGAAGAAUGGAAGGUAAAUGGGCCAGAGUCUUUCAGUUCUAAAACCUGGUUUCCAAUGCAGUCUGGAAUACUGGGGAUGGAAGACUGUUCUCCUGGGCAAAGGGUUGUGUGUUGUAGAUGGGCAGCAGACUCCCUUCAUCACUGGGAUCUGAACUCCUAUUGCUGAAAGAUCACAUGUCUGCCUCCUCUCACGGCUGUGGGAGGUUAAUGUGCUAUCUUGUUGAUGAAAGGUUGUGUGAUAUAGUCACCUGCACACUCUCCUUUUACUCACUCAUGGGUAAAAAAGUUGAAACUCUUCCCUGAGUGGUGAUGUGGAUGUUCCCUCGCACUGAUGAAGGGCAGUAUGGUGUCACUGAGCAGCACACCAUCCUUUCCUGUGAGAGUCUGAGAAUAUCCCAGAAUAUCCCAGAAUAAUUAGGUGAAUGUUUUUUCCCUCUCCAACCAGUGACAUGUCACUCCCUAAACCUCCACCUCAGGGUUCAAAUUAAGUUCAUACUAAUCCAUGAAAUGUCUCCUUUCUGUGGCAAAGUUUGGGUUCACACUUCAGGUCCUUGGUUUGGAUCCUGUCCAUGCUUACCCUUUCCCUGAACGUUGAGGAUCUGAAAUGAAAUGAGUCUGGGCCAUCACAAUCCAGUGUUGGUGGACAUAUGUCUCUAGAAAUGACAUCUAUGAUCAGUUAGCAUUCAUCAAUAGUUUGGGAGCUGGAGAUGUCACACUGAUGCUGUGGGGAGUCCCUUUGGAGGUUAAUUAUUAAAAUGGUGUAGACAGCAUAUUAACCUGCACCUACACCAUGCUGUACUUAAUUGUAGAACACUGAACACUAACAAUUCUCAGCUAUAUUAAUCCUCAUUUUUAUGAGCACAAAUAAAAUUUGCUACCUUGUCCCCAAACAAAGCUUCUCUAGAAAUAAUUCUGGAAUCAAAAUUAUGUUGAAGCUCAUCUCCAGGCCAAUGCUUCUCUGUAGAUCUCAAAGCUGCUUAAAGUUGCACAGGAGCUGUUUGACUGGAACAAGAUUCCCUGUGCCCCUGUUGUGUUGGAUGAGAUUUGUUGUGUAAACUCUGUGGAGGCUUUGACUCACUUGUUCGAGACCCCUAAGCAGAGAUGAGAACUGUGAAGCUAAGCCCAGAGCUUUGCUCUCCGUGUAUUGGACAUUAUUUUAUGAGUAAAGGCAUUUUUCACAAAUCUGUUAA